CAACAACUCAUUGAUUACCAGCACUCCAAUGCAGACCGGUCUAUUGACGGUUUCCCAAGCUUCAUACCAUCACUCUUGGCAUGGCUGCCUGGCACUUCGUACACUUUCAUUUUCCAGCAUUUGUCUCCUUCUAUGUUUUUUCGGUUAUGGAUUUCUUGGUGA